CCGUGCAGAAAUUUCCACCCUUCUUCCCGAUUUCCGACCUGGCCCCGGCCAGAUUAUCUGGUCCGGCCCCGGGUCAGUAAAUGUUAGUGGCCCCGGUCGUGGCCAGGCCGGGUUGCCCCAAUAAUAAGAUAAGUAAAAAUAAAUUUUUAUAGAGGAGUGCAGAACUCAAGAAGGCUUUAGAAACAGGAAGUACACGUUAGGUAGUGGGGGUACGUGACAAUUUGGUUUUCUGAAAUGGGCGGAUAAGUUGCAAGACGCAGUAGCCUCCUGCGCAUAUUACGAACAGGUGAUAAUAAAAAAGCAGAUAUUUAUUUUACCGAAGCAUAUACGUACGUAUAGAAUCAGUGUUAAUAUUUUAUUCUGAAUUACCGCCAGAUGGUAAGUCAACAGUUAGUCUGCGCAGAAGGCUACCGCGACUUGCAACUUAUUCUAUUGCUCUGCCUAUUUCAGAAAACCCUUUUUCUUACGUAUUCGUACGGUACCUCCCAUUUCUAGUCUUCUUGGCCUAACUUUUGUUUUAUUUUGGAUACAUAAAUUAUUUAUUUCUGUGAAUAAUAUGCCAAAACACAAAAGUACGAAACGUGUACGGAAACAUCGACUGUCAACCCAAUUUUCAUCUCUGCCGAAUAUAUCAAGUCCUUCAGAUGAUUCAAAUCAUGAAGAUGCGAAUGUUAAUGAGAAUAUCAGCUCACAGCUAGGACAACAAUAUGAUUCGCUUAGUUCCCAUAUGGAAGAUUGUCUCACACCAGGCGACAUUGAUUCAAACUACGAAAUUAAUGAAUCUGAAGACCAAAAUGACGGUGAUUUUAACGGAUCUUCAGAAUCUGAGGAGAAUGAAUUUAUUGACGCCAUCGAUAAUUUUGAAGAAAAUGAACCUGACGAAAUAAAGGAAUUACAAUUAUUAAUGAUAUAUUAGGGAAUACAGUAUAAUAAGACACGUA